CCUUGAUGUAUCAGGUAACCAGGUGUUUCAAGAUGACACUGUCAAAACGAAGGUAGUUUUACACAGAUAAAUCGAAUAUAUAAAACAAGAAUGGAAAACCAGAAGCAAAUAUCUGAUUUGGAUGCCCUGAUGCAUAUCCUCAAAGCGGCAUUAGGGACAGGGAUAUACGCAAUGCCAGUAGCAUUUUACAGCGCUGGACUAUUUUUGAGCGUGGGCUUAACAGUUCUUACAGGAAUUAUAUGUACGCACUGUGCUACUUUGCUGGUUAAGUCAUCUCUGACGAUUACUGAGAAAACGGAGAAAACAAAGCUGACUUAUCCGGAUAUUUCUGAAUGUGCUUGUGAGUUGGGACCUGAGUGGGCCCAUAAAAUGGCUCGUGGAUUCAGGAUUCUGACGUUGGUAUGCCUGUUCGUCUCAUACUACCUGACGUUAAGCUGUUACGCCGUGAUAUCAGCGAGAUCGUUUUACUACGUUGUCCGUGUACAUGUACCAGAAAUCCCACCUAUAAGAAUUGGUAUUGCUGCUUUGAUAAUCCCAAUGAUUCUCCUGGUGUAUAUUCCUCACUACAAAUACUUGACUCCUGUAUCGAUGGGUGCAAAUGUGUUAGUCCUAGCUGCUUUACUGAUCACCUACUACUACUUCUUCUGUGGUUUACCAUCUCUUUCGGAAAGGGACGCUGCUGGUAGGGACUGGAUCAGGUAUCCAACAUUCUUCAGCAUCACGAUAUUUGGAAUGAUGUUCAUAGGAGUGAUCAUGCCUCUAGCCAAUACGAUGAAAACUCCACAGCAUUUGGUUAGCACAUUUGGUCUCUUCAAUAUUGGAAUGACCAUCAUCACCUUUCUAAAUGGAUUUACUGGAUUCUUUGGCUACUGGCGGUAUGGCAGUGAGGUGGAAGGGUCUAUAACACUUAAUUUACCACAGGAAAAAAUAGAAUGUCAAGUAGUAAAUAUCUUCAUAGGAUUGGCGGUCUUUUUUUCCAUUGGCGUGCAAUUCUUCGUCUGUCAUGAGAUUGUCUACGAACCAAUCGCAGUGAGGUACGGUAGGACUCUUCUAGUGGACUAUGUCAUUCGAACUAUCAUCAUUGUGACAGCUGGAGGCCUGGCAGUAGCAGCUCCGUUCAUAGUACCUUUCGUCUCCAUAUUAGGUGCUUUGUGUUUCUCUACCUUGGGCAUCAUGUUACCCAUCGUCCUCUACAGGCUAAUUCACUGGGAAGAAGGAUUCGGCAAGAUAUACUGGAAGGCUAUCAAGGACAUAUUCGUACUACUUUUUGGCUUGGCAGCUUUGAUUUUCGGCACAGUCAGUGCUAUAGACGAUACCGUCAAAGUUUUCCAGGAAGAGUUCAGUUCUGGUAGUACUACAACCGUUGCACCUUGAUUUAGUUUCUAUUUAUAGAAAAGACCUUUAAAAUAUUUUUACAUUAAUCUUUAUUUAUUAUUAUACACUUGUCGCAUAUAUUAAGGGAUUUUUCCACAAUCUUAAUUUAUUAGCACAUAUUUUACAAAGACUGUCUACCUUUUUGUAAUAUAC